CCAUUGUGUGUGUGUUCGGGCGGCGCCUGCGCAGUACCGUGCCCGCUCUGCCCGUUAGCCGCUAUGUGCAGGGAAUAACGUUAGGGCGGUUGCUAGAGGGACACCGAGCAGAGCGCCCCGCCCCCGCCCCGCGGGGAUGCCGGGUCAGUGAGCACCGGCGGCCUCACCACCACCACCACCGGGGACGGCCCCUCCCCGGCGCGGCGAGCCUCUGAGAAGGGGAUUUGUGCCAUUCAGGUUAUUUCCUCACGGACUAUUGCUGAUUCUCAACCAAAUGGGCAAGAGGCAGCAUAUGUUGCAGUCGUGCUGAGCCAUGCAAGUGCAGCUUAGCCAGCAGGCCUCGAGGAGCGGGAUGACGUAGCUUUGCCAAGGAUUUAUCAGCUAAGCAGAAAAUGAGCUUAACAUCCUGGUUUUUAGUGAGCAGUGGAGGCACCCGCCAUAGGCUGCCACGAGAGAUGAUUUUUGUUGGAAGAGAUGACUGUGAGCUGAUGUUACAGUCAAGAAGUGUGGACAAGCAACAUGCUGUACUUAACUAUGAUGCCUCUACAGAUGAACACUUGGUGAAGGAUUUGGGCAGCUUAAAUGGGACAUUUGUGAAUGAUGUGAGGAUUCCAGAACAAACAUACAUCACCCUGAAGUUAGAAGAUAAAUUGAGAUUUGGAUAUGAUACUAAUCUUUUUACUGUUGUCAGAGGAGAAAUGAGAGUCCCUGAAGAAGCACUUAAGCAUGAAAAAUUUACAAGCCAGCUCCAGUUAUCCCAAAAAUCCUCAGAGGCAGAAGGAUCGAAGCCAGCCAGCUCCAGAAAUUCUGAGUCCAAGGUAACUGACUCUGCAGCUGAAGUGCACCACAAAACUACAGAAGCACUGAAAUCUGAAGAGAAAUCAAUGGAUCUUUCUGCCAUGCCGCGUGGUACACCUUUGUAUGGACAGCCAGCCUGGUGGGGGGAUGAUGAAGCUGAUGAAAAAAGUGGUUGUAAGCCAGAUAGCAAACAUGAAGAAAAAAUGCAUGAAACAGGGGCUUCUGGAUGCAGCACAGAUGCCAAGCAAGCUGAGGAGCAAUCUGCAGCUGCAAGUGAAGAACUUUAUCCUUUCUGUAGGGAGCCAAGUUAUUUUGAAAUCCCUACAAAAGAAUUCCAGCAACCUUCACAAAUAGCAGAGAGCACUAUUCAUGAAAUUCCAACAAAAGACACACAAAGCUGCCAUGCAGCAGGUGCAGGGCAUGCUUCUUUUACCAUUGAAUUUGAUGACAACACUCCAGGAAAAGUAACAAUCAAAGAUCAUGUGACAAAAUUCACGUCUGAACAGCGCCACAAGUCAAAGAAGCCUUCUUCCUCUGGUGGCCAGGACCUGCCUGGGCUUCAAACUGUGAUGAUGGCUGCAGAAAGCAAAGUAGCAGAUUGGCUAGCACAGAACAAUCCUCCCAGAAUGAUAUGGGAACCAACAGAGGAGGAUUCCAAAAGUAUUAAGAGUGAUGUUCCAGUGUACUUGAAGAGACUGAAAGGGAAUAAACAUGAUGAUGGUACACAAAGUGAUUCAGAAAAUGCUGGUGCACACCGGCAUUAUAGCAAGCGGGCAGCACUUGAAGAACACUUAAGGCACCAUCAUGCAGAGCUGAAAAAGUCACACCAGAAAGUCCAUUCCACGGAAAAGCAACAAGAGCAAACUGGUGUGAGUCAGACUGCUUUUAUGAUUGAGUUUUUUGAUGAAGACCAUCCUCGAAAGAGACGUUCUUACUCUUUUUCUCAGAAUGUAGGAGCUCUGUGCCCAGAAACUCCUUCUCCCACACCUCAUGCACGGUCUGAAAGAGUGAGGCCUACUUCAGCAGAGAAAGCAGUUGCUUCAUCUGUGCAGGCUAGCUCAGCACAUCACAGAGCAGUACAUGGUGUUCAUGCAAAACUGUUGAAACAAAAAUCAGAAGAACCCUCUGCUGCGUUGCCUAUCCUACAAGCAGCGUUGUUAAGGAGUUCAGGAAGCCUUGGCCAUAGGCCUAAUCAGAACCAGGAGAUGGACAAAAAGUUGAAAAGUCAACAUAUUUCUGCUGCUACUGAGAAGGACAAUGAGGAUGACCAGAGUGACAAAGGUACUUACACUAUUGAGCUGGAAAACCCCAAUUCUGAAGAAAUGGAAGCUGGUAAAAUGAUUGACAAGGUAUUUGGAGUGGAUGACAGCCAGGAUUAUAAUAGGCCUGUUAUCAACGAGAACCAGAAAGAUUUAGUAAAAGAUUGGGCUAUAAAUUCUGCUGCAGUAGUGCUGGAAGAAAAAAGACCACUGAGUACAACUGGAUUUCUUGACACAGAGGAAGGCUCUACUGCCCCUGGAAGUAAACGCUGGGUAUCACAGUGGGCCAGUUUGGCUGCUAAUCACACACGACAUGACCAAGAUGACAUCAGAUUGGAGUCAUCUGUGCCUGCUCCACUGGAAAACGACACGGACAUCAGUGAAUCUGGUAUUUCAGUUAGAAGCACUGGUUCAGCUGCUUCUAUGACUGGCCAAGGUGAGAGAAAGAGGAGGACACUUCCACAGCUUCCUAAAGAGGAGAAAGUGAAUGAAAGCUCAGAAGUAAAAACUGCAUCUCAUCAAAGAUCAGAGAUAGGUGAAAAGCAAGACACUGAACUUCAGGAGAAAGAAACUCCAACUCGUGCCUUGGAUGCUGAUAGUAGAAGUAUGGCAAAGGCAAGUAGAGCAGUGAAUGGUCUUUCACCCAAAGCUGCUGGAGACAAAGUUUUUUCUUUCCCCAGCAGCUGCUCUUCCAGUAAAGAGAGAGUUGAAACUGGCAGAGAAACUUCUGUGGUAAAACAAGCGUUAGCAAAAAUUCAGCAACAAGAAAGAAAGGAGCAAGGGCAUUGGACACCCACAAAACAAUCUUCUAUGAAACCUGUUGCAAACCAGGCUGAAAAAGUUAGGGAGGAAAGUGCUAUGUCGCACAAAAGAUUAGAUAAUCAAGACAAAGCUCCUGGACAUGCUACCGAUAAAGCAGAAAUGAAGUUGGUACAGAGUGAGGGGAAAAGAAGAAAAAAUGAAGAAAUUAUUAAGGGACAAAGUCCUAAAGCAUCUGGAGGAGAAAGAAAGGAAUCUUCAAAACCAUUAGUGAGGCAAGGUAGCUUUACUAUAGAUAAGCCUAGUACGAAUAUACCUAUAGAACUUAUUCCUCACAUUAAUAAGCAAAGUGGAUCUGCUGUCCCUUUAACACCUGCAAACAGAAUACGUGAGAGAAGUGACACCAUGGACACUGAUUCCAGUCUGGAUACAACACUCAUUUUGAAAGACACAGAGGCUGUAAUGGCUUUUCUUGAAGCUAAAUUGCGUGAAGAAAAUAAAACUGAUGAAGGUCCUGAGACUCCUAGCUAUAACAGAGAUAAUUCCAUAUCGCCAGAAUCAGAUGUAGACACAGCCAGCACAAUCAGCCUUGUAACUGGUGAUACUGAAAGAAAAUCCACACAGAAGCGGAAGAGCUUUACAACUUUAUAUAAAGAUAGAUGUUCCUCUGGUUCCCCUUCAAAGGACAUUUUAAAAUCUUCUGCAACAAAUGCCAGAGAGAAGAUCGAAAAGAAAACUAAAAGUCGAUCUUCAGAUGGUGGGUCUAGAGCUGAUGCUCGUAAACCUGUGCAAUCCACUGGAAGAAUGAGACAACCAUCAGUAGAUCUGACAGAUGAUGACCAAACAUCUAGUGUACCUCAUUCUGCCAUUUCUGAUAUCUUAUCAUCUGACCAGGAAACCUACUCUGGCAAAUCACAUGGAAGAGUUCCUUUUGCCUCCACAGAUGAACUUUCACAUUCCAAAAUGGAAGGAAAGUCAGCUAAAUCAAAAACCUCUCCUGUGACACUUGGGCAAUCCAGUAAAUCUACCACUCUUCCAAGACCUCGUCCUACAAGGACUUCUCUCUUGCGCAGAGCACGGCUUGGUGAAGCUUCAGAUAGUGAACUCGCUGAUGCAGAUAAAGCUUCCGUGGCUUCUGAAGUGUCCACUACAAGUUCUACAUCAAAACCUCCGUCAGGGAGGAGAAGUAUUUCCAGAAUAGACUUGCUUGCUCAACCUCGCAGAACUCGACUUGGCUCGUUAUCCGCACGGAGUGAUUCUGAAGCAACAAUAACUAGAAGCACAGCCUCAUCUCGUACCCCAGAAGCUAUCAUCAGAAGCGGUGCAAGAUUAACAUCAGCAGGAGACGGAAGUAAAGUUUCUGCUAGAACUCGAGCUAAUAGUAUUUCUCGACUUUCAGAUUCAAAAUCCAAAUCUCUGGCUUCUGCUCAUAAUUCUCCUUCAGAGAAAUCCAAGCUUCUCCCAGACCCAGAUCCUGCUGUUGAAACUUACAGUGUAAGUGCAAGAUGGAGGCGCUUUCCUACAGAUUAUGCUUCCACCUCAGAAGAUGAGUUCGGAUCAAACCGUAAUUCCCCUAAACAUACCCGUCUACGUACCUCUCCAGCCCUGAAAACCACACGACUGCAGAGCACUGGGACAGCAGCUCAAAGUAGCAAUACAUUCAAGCACAGAAUAAAGGAACAGGAAGACUACAUUCGUGACUGGACUGCUCAUCGCGAAGAAAUAGCAAGGAUCAGUCAAGAUCUGGCUCUCAUCGCACGGGAAAUCAACGAUGUAGCAGGAGAGAUAGAUUCAGUGACUUCUUCAGGCACUGCCCCCAGUACCACAGUAAGCACUGCUGCCACCACCCCUGGCUCUGCCAUAGACACUAGAGAAGAGGUAGGAGAUCUUCAUGGAGAAAUGCAUAAGUUGGUUGACCGUGUAUUUGAUGAAAGUCUCAAUUUUAGAAAAAUCCCUCCACUAGUGCAUGCCAAACCACCCGAGGGGAAUGGUCGGCCUACUGAUGCUAGACCUCAGCUAACAGAUGCCCUUGAUCCCCCAACAAUUACCCGAAGAAGAACUUGGAGCAGAGAUGAAGUUAUGGGGGACAGCUUGCUGUUGUCCUCAGUCUUCCAAUUUUCUCGCAAGAUAAGACAAUCCAUAGACAAAACAGCUGGCAAAAUCAGAAUAUUAUUUAAGGACAAAGACAGAAAUUGGGAAGAAAUUGAAAACAAGUUGCGAGCUGAAAGUGAAGUUCCUAUCGUGAAAACAUCAAGCAUGGAAAUUUCAUCAAUCUUACAGGAACUGAAACGAGUUGAGAAACAGUUGCAAGUGAUUAAUGCUAUGAUUGACCCUGAUGGUACCCUGGAUGCUCUGAGCAACUUGGGAUUCGCUGGCCCCAUCCUACCGGCUCAGGCGAAGCCGAAGGCCAGUGCCAGUUCCCACAGUACCUGCUCUCCAGUGCAAGCAAACUGCCAGCCAGAAGCUCGGGCUCUUCGACCUGCUGCCCUCCCGGCCCCAGCUGAUUUUGACAGUGCUGAAUCCGAGUCUGACUUCAGCAUACACUUCAAUAGGUUUAACCCAGAUGGCGAAGAGGAAGAUGCCACUCUGCGUGAAUGACAUCUUGGUGUUGAUACAAAUAUUUUUCAUGUGGAACGUUUAGAAAUAAAUGAAAAAUCAUAAUAUUGGUUUUAUAAAUAAAAAAAGGUUGGUCAAACAGCAGUUGUUUUGUUAAAUCAGUUUUCUUUAACUGUGAUGCUUUGAUUGUCACACAAAUCCUUUUCAAAUCAUAAAGAUAAGCAUAGAUAUCAGUAUAGAAAAGCAGGUUGUGGCAGGUUUGCCCUUUGUGGUUGUGUGCUUUGCAAAAGAAUUAUUAUAUCAGCAGUUUUCCCUUAACAGAUUUAUUUCUUUUUAAAAGCCAUGCAAGCAGUCUAACAUUUAAUGUUACUGAAACCCUAAAUCUCUUUGCCAAGCUGUUCUGUGAAUGGAUCUCCUCUGCUAAAGUUUAUACAGAACUGUUGAACAGUUACAUUUUGAUUUUGAAUGAAAUGAUUUAUAUAGGAAACAUUAUCUUUGACUACAAUGACACAUUACUGCAAAAGGUAAGACAGAUUUCACAAAGCAUUCUUUCUUCUGUACUGAAAACCUCAAACAGUUCUGUGAUUUAUAUAACCCUGUUGCUGCAUAAAUUGCCUUGGGGUUUAAAAAGUUCACAUACUAUGUUUGCACUAAGAUUUGCUGGGAGUGGUAAGUGAACAUAUCGAUAUCAUUAAGCAGCAAACAGUGUUUUGGUGUACAUAGAAAACUGAUAAUACUGUACUUGUAUUAACAUUGCAGUGUUUUAAUCCACUUUCUAAAAGGACUAUUUGGCACUUUUGACCUUGUUCAAAUGUCUUUUUGAUGUUAAUGAAAGUAGAAGUAUUUCAUAUCUCAUUACUGUCCAAAUGUUUGUUGAAACUAGCAAACAGAUUUAAACAUACAGCAAUGUGGGACAUUAAAAAGCAUAUUGAGGCAAAAAUGGGCUCUCACCAAUUCAAAUGCAACAUAAGCUUAUAAAAGAAAUUACUGUUCCUUGGAAUGAUCAUGAGAUGUAAAAUUUUCUUUAGGGGACUUGGAAAUAGAGUUGUCAUAAUUUGCUUGAUCGAUAGACGCACUCCUGAGCAAAUGAUUUGCUUCUGUAUAUUCUCCCGUGGUCUUGCUAGUAAACCUGUCUCUGUCUUACAUAUUUAAAAGGAUUCUGGAAGAAAACUGCUAACAUAGACAUUUUGCUUAUACCACUGAGAAGCAAGUCUGUUUAAAGUUUCCUAUAUAAGCCUAUUUUCCUUAUACGUUGUCCCAGUAACUUAACAUUUGGAAAUAAUAAUAAAAAUAAAAGUAAAUUACUUUGUAUUUCCAGAACACUGUAAUUUGGAGGAAUGUUAUUUCUGUUAAAUGUAACUAAUAGACUGGAAUUUUCCUAUGUUUGCAUCAGUCUCUAUAUUUUAAGGUUAAAGAUACAGUUUUGCAGCUUUUAUGAAAUGGUCUUUAAUAUUUCAGCAAUAAUCCUAUAUGACAUUUGUUUAAAAAAAAACUACUUUCUGUACACUUUUAAAUUGUACAGGCUUUCAGAAGUCAGUAAAAGUUGGACCAGUUAAUAAAAAUGCAAAAACUUUUUUUGUAGAGAUGUAAAAACAAAACCACUAAUCUGUUGUAUAAUGGAUUUCAUAUUUUCUUUAAAAAAAAUUAAAAGCAAACAGCCUUCUUGUAUGACUCAAUAUACUCCAGCUAACUGUGGAAGCCUGAAUGACACUAGUUUACAGAGGCUGUAAGAAAGGUUUUAGAAGAGGCAGAAGGGCAAAAAUAAAUUGAAACUAGAGCUAGGUAUUGAAAACAGUGUACCAAACCAUCACCAUAAUUCCUUCUUGUGUUUAAUGCUUGGGAACAUAAUUUUUCUGCAGACUCAAGUAAAAGUAGGAAAUGGUUAGGAAGGGUUAAAGGUUCAGGCUUUUUGUGCAAGAUCCUAUUUGUGUUCUUUCAGGCGUUUAUGCCUUUAUGUUCUGUAAUAAGCAUUUUGCAUUACUAUGUUCUUAUUUUGUAUGGACAUGUUCUCCUUAUUUAUUUUUGUUACAUUUAUUAUGUAUGUUAUUUUGUUAUAUGCAUUUACAACUCCAUUUUUAAAUAAAGUGUUUCUGGAACUUUGAAAA